UUCAACUUGGUGAAAAAUGUUAAAAAGAAAAUCUACAUGAAGCCAGCUGUUUAAACUUGCAACAAUUUACAUUUAUAUAAUUAACGAGUUAAUAAUUGUAAGAAAAUAAUAAUCAACACAGUUCUUACCUGUUAAAACGUCAUAUGUUUGACAAUGGCAAGUAAGAUACUCCAACAAUCUCUCAAAAAUCCAAAAGAAUUGUACAAAUUUUUGCUCAGAUCUUGUGAUAAAUUACCAAAAGGUCCAAAGGAACAUUAUAAACAUUCAAUAAAACAAAGUUUUAAGCAACAUGUUUAUGAGCCAGAUGCAGAAAGAGUCAAACAAAUAAUUGAAAAAUCAAUAAUUGAUGCUGAUUGGCUUUUUAAAAAGUACAAGAUAGAUCUUGAAUCCCUGUUGAAGAAAUAAGAAUAAAAUUUAAAUAAUUAUAUACAAAAGAUAUUAUAAAAUUGGUAAUGAUGAAUUUUGAAAAAUUAAUAAGUCAAGAUGUCAAUGCAACAGAAUCUCAAUUUAAUAAAGCAAUUGAAAUAUAUUUAAAUAAAUCACAUUUAAUAAAUCGUCGAGUAUUAUCAUCAAAAACACUCUACACUGGACAAUUAAUCAAUGAUGUUGAUAAUUUAAUAGAUCUCAUAACAAAUCAGCACAUUACUCAUUUCUUUGAUAAAGAUGAUAACAUUAAAAAUAUAUUUGAUCAUACAAAAGCACUGUCGAAUGAGGUGAAUCCAUUUGAACAAGAAAAUGGAAUAUAUUUGUACAUAAGAAAAUUAUUUCCACGAAAUCAACGGGAAUUUUCGACGACGUUCGAAUUUUCCAUAUUGAAUAGAGAAGAUAACAGUUUAAUUUGCAUCGGUAAAAAAAUAAAUUUUUUUAAACAAAGACUUGGUCUACACUUGGCUUAUAAAAUAAUUUAUAAUGCUAAAAAUGUCAGUAUUCAUGUUGAUCAUUUAAAUGAUUUAGUUGACAUUGGUGCUGAAUGGUUGAAGGAUAAAUUAUUUCCAAGAUUAAUAAAAUGGAUAGAAUUUGAUCCAAAACAUGAUUCAUUUGUUGAUGGAUCAUUAAAUUUAGUAUCACCAGAAAUAUAUGCAGAUUUAUAUAACAAUUUAAAAAAAAAAUAUGGUAAAGAACUUGUUGAGAAAUGGCCUGAAUGUACUGAUCCAGCAAAAUUUGUCUAUGAAGAUAUUGCAAUUGCAACAUAUUUAAUUUUACUGUGGGAUAAUGAAAGAUAUAAUUUAAUGUUAGGAGACAAACAAUCAUUUGUUGAUUUAGGAUGUGGCAAUGGAUUGUUAGUUUAUAUUCUCACCAGUGAAGGACAUCCUGGUUUUGGUAUUGAUCUUCGUAAACGUAAAAUAUGGGAUUUAUUUUCAGGAACACAUCUAGAGGAAAAAACAAUUAUUCCUUCAUCAAAAUCAUUAUUUCCUGAUACCGAUUGGAUUAUUGGUAAUCACUCGGAUGAAUUGACACCUUGGAUACCAGUUAUUGCAGCUCGUAGUUCUUAUAAAACAAGAUUUUUUUUACUUCCCUGUUGUGCUCAUGAAUUUGAUGGUAGAAAAUUUCAACGACCAUCAGCAGCACACAGUCAAUAUCUUGGAUAUUUAAAAUACAUAAAAAAUGUUUGUGAAGAAUGUGGAUUUAUAACAAAUAUUGAUAAACUUCGUAUACCAUCAACAAAACGUAUUUGUUUUAUUGGUGAAAGAAGAAGUUAUCCAAGAGAUCAGACAAACAUUCAAGAUGAAAAAAUUGAAAAAAUAAUUAACGAACGUUCUUUACAAAAAACAGAUGAAUCAAUUAAUAAUAAUAAUGAUAAUAAUAAUGAAACAACAAAUGACAAAUGGUCAAAUGAUUUUAAACCAAGAGAUUCUGUUGAAAAAGUUAGAAAUUGUACUCAAAUUGAUAAAAAUAUUCAAAACGAAAUAAUUAAUAUAGUUAAAUCUGAAUUAUUAGCUAAAGUACGUAUUAUUAAUUCUGAUGAAGAUGAUAAUAAAAAAUGGAAUGCUGGUGGACAAUUAGAACUAGCUAAGCUAGCAACAAUAAUACCAAAUGAUUUAUUGAAAAAAUUAAAAAAUGAAUGUGGUGGAUUACAAACAUUAUUGAGAAAUCAUAGCCACGUAUUUCAAAUUAAUAAUGGUAUCGUACAAUUUAAAAUUCCUGGUAGUGAAACGAUUAUAAAUAAUAAAAAAAAACGUAAAUCUGUUAUACUUAAAGUUAAGCCUUGUUGGUUUUUUAAUAAUCAUCCAGAUGGUUGCUUUGUUAGUGAUGAAAAAUGUAAUUUUAAACAUUAAUAAAAUACAUAAAUAUAAAUGAA